AUGCCCACUCGGUUACUGUCUCACUCGUUGGCCAUUCUAUUUCUGGCCGGGUCUAUAUUCGCGCAACUAAACGAUGGCGACGCUUCCUUCGGAGAUGCCCCACACUCACACAGAAGACUAUACGGGAUCAGGAGGCUAAGGAUGCUCCGCCCCAUCCCACAAACCAUCGAACACUCGCCAACCCAUGAGUUUGUUGACCGAAGGCGUCAACCUACUCACUUCUCCGCCGAAGAUUCUGAACAGGAUCAGGUGUUUGUCCCGCGUGCGGUGGCACCUCCGAGAGCGUCUCGACCGGCGGUUACAUCGGCUGCCACUGAAUCUGCAGAGACUUCUGCUGAAAGUGUGCCGACUACGUAUAUUGUGCAGACACCGACCAAGUUUGGAAAGAGUUUAGAUGAUGCGAGAAGGAAGAGAAUUGAAGCAAGAUGGAAGAGAUUGGGAAUCAAUUUCAAGACGAUUAAUCAUCCGCUGCUCAAUGGUGAAGGAUCCGAUCUCCCACCACACUCCGCCCAUCACCAAUACAGAAUCCGUCAACUGAAUGCUCCAAAGAAAACCGAGAAGAUGGUAGAAGUCGAGCGACCAGCUAUUGAGCAACCGAUUCUUCAUGUAGUCAACCCAUUGGAUCAAGGAAUUGUACCGUCCGAGCCGCAACCGCAACCAAUUCCCGCUGAGCUGCCGAUAUCCGGAAACUAUCAUUCACGUACCAAACCUAUUCUGAAAGGUGUCAAGUUUGUGCAAGAAAAAUUGUCCGUUCGCCCUCGUUUGAGGAUUCGUCGUCCUGGAGAGAAAGCAGAGCUUCCAAUGCCAGAAGAUCCAAAUCUCACACCAUUCAUGAACAAUGCUAGAGCCAAAUUCGGUUACGGUACCACAACCCUCGCCCCUGCAACCACCACAAUCUAUAUUCCACCAACGACUGCCUCCAGAAGACCCACGACGACUACAACCACAACAGAGGCACCAGUAGAAGCAUCGUUUGGAAUCUCUGGUGGAGACUCUGGAAUCAUUGAAACAGGAGAUUCAGGUUUGACUGGAAAUGGAGAUUCUGGAAUCACUGGGGAUAGUGGAUUUGGCGGAGAUUCGGGAGCCGCUCUUGGACCACCAGGAGAGUCUGGAGCAGGAUUUGGAUUCGGACCUUCUGAGUUGCCACCAGAGUUCCAAAAUGUUGGGUUUGGAGUAGGAGGUGGGGAUAAUGGAUUCAACUUCAACGUGCCAGCGGAUAAGUUGGAGACAACGACUACACCAGCACCAGCUACGACGACAACGAAGAAACCGGCACCAAAGAAGCCUAAACAUGUUCAAAGAAAACAACCAAACCCCGCAGUCGACAAAGAUGAGUCAGUUGUGAUCCCACAAAACUCUGGACUCCGCCCAGUCUCCCCACCUAAAGAAUUCUCUGGAGCCGGAGGAUUCGGAAGCUUCGGAGGAGGAGGUGGUGGAGGACCAGGCGGUGGUUUUGGAGGAGGCGGCGGAGGAUUCGGAGGCGGUGGAGCUGGCUUCGGAAGUGGUUCUGGACUUGGUGGAGGCGCCGCACCUGCCCCACCAGCACCAUCCGGACCUGAUCCAGACUUUGGAGGAGACACUGGCGCGGGACCAAGCGAAAAUGAGUAUUUCACUGGAGACUCUGCAUUGACAAGAUCUAAGGGACCAACGGGAGAUGGUUACGGACCACCGGUGUUCCCAGGAGGCGCUGCUCCACCACCAGUCCCAUCGGUUGGUCUAGGAGGUGCCGCUGCAGGAAAAUCACCGUAUAGCGGGCAAGCCGUUGAUCAAGUUGAAAACUCAGUGACAACUGUGAAACCAUCGGCGCUUCUUAGCGUAUUGAGCAAGGCAGAUACAGGAUUCAACCAAGUUAUUGAUCAUUUCGAGAACGGAACACCACCAGAGGCUGCGUUCAUUGAUAUCCUUGAGGUUGCACUGGGAUCGCAGAAGUUGGAUUCACAAGCCAAGUUAUUGGGUCAUGUGGAUAGAACAAUUGGGUUGGAUAAUCUGCAGAGGCUGCAGAGAUGGGCUAACACUGCUGGAGCUAUGGAUGUUUUCAAGGAUCAGUUCCUGAAAUUCGCCAAGAACUUCCAACCACCACCAGAUCUCCUGCCGACAGUCCCACCACAACUCGAGUAUCUUUUCAAAACUUCAGGAAAGUAG